AGGGGCACAAAUUAACUUAAUUCAAGUUCUGGUGUCCGUUGAUGAUAAGAAGGAUUUAAUUGCAACUUAUCGUUAAAAAUGGGGCAACGGAACAUGGGUUUCACCGGUCAAAUGAUUGAUAACGAAAUAGAGCAUGCCCGCCUUCUUCCUGAACCUGGUGUAGUUCCUUUUGGUCGGAUUGCAAAUUUUCGCCAGCCUAACGAUCAUCCAUCACAGCUAGGAAACGUUCAUGGACUUUUGCCCUCUGGGAUCGACUCCACCACGUUCAUGGUGGCUCCACCUGGGGCCCGAGUGGUUCCGGUUCCAAUCAGCCCUGGGCUGCAGAACCAGUUACUGGUUCCAACCAACCAGGUUAUGGAUGGGUUUAAUGGUGCAUUUAAGGGAAAGAUUGCUGGAGGUUAUCCUGUGAACUUUCGGUAUUUCUAUCCUGCACCUGGCUCGAGCUCUUUUGUGGUUCCAGAGUACCGAGGGUACGAUGUUAUCCCUGUGGUUAUGGGACCUGGAAACCACAGAGGUCCGAGAAACAGAGCCGCUGGUGCUAUUGGUCUUGACCACCCUGGCGUGCAACUCAUGCCAUUGAGCCAUGGUGCCCAACCCCAACCCCUUCAGGUGGUGCCUGCCCCUUGGUUGGACCCGCAGUUUCGUGGGAAUGCUCCAGGAAUACCUUAUAUGCAAGGAUAUACCAAUGGAUAUCAAGUAAUGACCGCCAAUAGAAACCCGGUGGCCUUUGUGCAGCCGCCUGUUUCAUCUCACCAAUCAGCACCACCUAUGCCAUCGGUGCGAGGAAGCCCCAGUAUGGGCUUUAAUCCUCAUUUAGCGUCGACUUCACACAUGGUUCCUCUUCAAAACGGGGUGGAACUCGUGCCUAGGUUUGUGGGUCCCACACCACCGGUCGGUGUUAGGGUGUACCAGCCUCGUCGUCAGGAUCUGAUGGUAGAGUCAACCUCGAGACACCGAGGUUUCCCCGCCCAUCUGAGAGUUCUCCCUGAAGAUGGAGUUGCAAUGCUCGAUAUCUCUAAUUAUGGACAUAGGGUCGAUCAUCACAGAGAUAUGCGUUUGGAUAUAGAUCAUAUGUCUUAUGAGGAGCUUCUUGCAUUAGGUGAACAGAUUGGCAAUGCUGGCUCGAGCUUAUCGGAUGAUUUCAUUCUCGGUCAUCUGAAAACAAGAAUUUUUACCUCUUUUCAUUCGGAAGAUGGGUCUUCUGCUGAUCAAGAACUCAAUUUCUGCACAAUUUGCCAGAUGGACUACAAUGAUCAAGAAAAGAUCGGGAUGUUGGAUUGCAGCCACGAGUACCAUGUGGACUGCAUCAAGAAGUGGCUGGCCGUGAAAAACAGUUGCCCGGUUUGCAAAUGCACCGCACUGGCUACACAAGGGAACAACGAGUCGGGAAACCACGAAGAACCCUAGGCAGGCAGGCAUGCUGUUUUCUGCUAUAAAAAGAAACUGCAAAUUAUGGUAAAUAUCAAAAGUUAGUAGACUGGUGGAUGUUAUAUGUUAUAAAAACUAAAUAUAAGUAGAUAUUUAGACUUGUUAUGUUUCUUCUGUUGUUCUCUGAGAUGCAACUGUCAACAACUGUUUUUAAACCGUUGUCUUUGUUGGCGGCGUUAAAAUCUUGAAACCUUUCUGUACAUAUCUUUUUCGUGUCGUUGUCAUGUGUAUGAACCCCGU